AUGUCCGUCUCAGAGCUUCAGGGGUUGCCAGUCCCCCAUGAGGAUUUGGUCAACUACAUCCACGAGCACCCAGAGAAGAAGAUGAUGGAGAUACUAGAACCUUACCGUAAGUACGAGGCCCAGCUACGAUCCGUCUUCGCCCAGGACCGCAAGAAUCCUGCCCUCGACGACCUGCACGUCAAUCUCGUGCCCCUCUUCACCAAGGACACCAAGAACAUCAAAACCCGCGCACGCUUCCUAGCCGCCGAGACGCAGGAAGAAAAAGAUCGUUACAUCAUGGCCCUCCCGGACGACAAGCGUCGCGCCAACGGCUCCCCCGCCGUCGUCUCCGGCCUCAAGGAUUUCCAAAAGAACUUCAACGUCUUCUCCGAGUCUUCCCUCGUUGACAUGAACUGGGACAACGUUGUUGCUGCCGGUUCGUCAGUCAUCAACACCCUUCUUCCUGUUCCACCAGAGUUCAACACGACCAAGCGCAAGCUUCGGGAGUACUAUCACGAGAAUUUCUGCCCGGCAUCAGACGUGGACCUGUUUCUCUACGGUCUUACCCAUGAAGAGGCCAUUGAGAAGAUCAAGGAAAUUGAGACCUCGGUUCGAGACGCAAUCUUGACCGAAGUCACUGUGGUUCGAACCAAGUACGCUAUUACCAUUGCGUCUCAGUACCCUAUCCGUCACAUUCAGAUUGUGUUGCGUGUAUACAAGUCCGUGGGUGAGAUCCUCACCGGAUUCGAUAUUGACGCAGCUGGCGGUGCCUACGACGGAAAGCAGGUUUGGGUGACACCGAGAGCCCUAGGAAGUUUCAUCACUCAGGUCAACCAAAUCGACCUCACCCGCCGGAGUCCUUCCUACGAGAACAGGCUUUCUAAGUACAGCCACCGCAACUUUGAGGUGUACUGGCCAGAGCUCGAGCGAAGCCGCAUCGAUCCUACCAUCUUUGAGCGCAGCUUCCAAAGGACACUCGGUCUCGCCCGUCUUCUCGUUCUCGAGCGGCUUCCUACUCAGUCGGUUCGAGACACAUAUCUUAAUAAGCGACGAGAGGAGAGAGGUCGACCCACGACGAAUCGAUUCAACCCUCAUCAUCUGCAUGGAAACAUCAAGGACAACUUCGAGGACGAGGUUGCUGACUGGGUCGACGAGAAUGACGUCUCCAACUACCAUACUUUCACAGUCCCCUAUGGUCACGGAUUCCACGCAAAGAAAAUUGAAAAGCUCUGUUACACAAGAGAUCUAUUGCUCAACGCCGAAUGGAAUCAGCCCGACGAGAGAGAGGUGUAUCUUCACCGCCAUCCCGCCUUCUUUGGACGCGUCGAGGAUGUCAUCGAGGACUGCUGUGGUGGCUGCCCCAAACCUGUGACACCCGAAGAGAUCGAGGUCGCCGAGAGAGAGGCAGAGAUCUACAUCUCUGGCAAAGUUGCCUUCUUGAUUGACGAUCCCGGUCGACAGCAGAUUGGCUCUUUCAACCCCCUGACGGAGAACGACUGGACUGAUAUGGCCUAUGUGGGAAACACGGCUCGUCUCUGCCAGAGCAUCGUUGACGGUGACGUUGAAGAAGUCCGAGAUUGGCUUUCUCAAAACGGCGCCGACCCCAACAAGCGAGACUACACGGGACGCACGCCUCUCCACCUCGCAGUCAUCAGCUCCACGCCCGAGGUUGUCCGUUGUCUGGUUGAGCAUGGCUCGCGUCUUACUGCUCGCCUUGCUGAUGGCAGGACGGCUCUUCAUCUUGCAGCCGAACGCGGCAACACGGGCAUAAUCAAGAUCCUCAUGGACAAGAGUAUCACCAACGAAGAGGAGGAAGAAGAAAAGGCCGAUCGCCGCCGCAAAGCGAUCCAGACCCGACUGCAAGACCAGUCCGAUUCAAACACGUCUCAAAGGCAGGACGACGAAGACAUGGAUGCCGUGAAGGACAACGAUUCCGAUGAUGCUUCGGACAUUGAGAUGGUGGACGCGGGCAACACCGAGGCAGACGCGACAUCUAUGGCUACCGGAUCUUUCGUCAACGUCAGGGACGAAAAUGAAAAGAGCAAGGAGGACCUGGUUCUGGAAGAUGACUCGACCGACGAGCCCGACUUCUUCAAGACUGACGUCUUGGCCUGGGAUAUGCCUUGCUCGCCUCUGCACCUUGCCAUUUCUGAAGGACACGAAGACGCCGUCAGGCUUCUCUGCGAUUAUGGCAGCGACGCUAUUCUCCCCGUCAAAUUCCUCAACUCUAACAAGCAACCCACAGCGGCCAUCUUGACGCUCUCACUCGCGCUUUCUCUGCCCAUUGCAAAGGCCAAGUCGAUGGCUCUCCUCCUGAUGAAACUCGGCGCCACCUCGUCUCAGGCAGAUAUGAACGGAUGCACGACGUUCCACCGCUAUGUCAAGAAGGGCAUCCAGGAGAUGAUCGACACCUUGUGGGAGAACGACAAGGUCGGACUCAAGACGGCGCUCAACCACAUGGUCUUCACCGCCGGCUACUGGAACCCGGUGGCCAUCGCGCCGAUCCAUACAGCAAUCGAGAAUGGGAACUCAAUCUUCGUGCUCAAGUUGCUCGAGGCCGGCGCCAACCCGCAGAUCGACUUCGAUGUUUGGCUAAAGGCUGCAAAGUUCUCCAAGUCAAACAGCAGACUUGGUUCAUACGAGGACAACAAGAAGCAGUUCAACCAAAAUACGGACCAGCCGCUGAUUGUGGCAAUUAAUAAUUGCUCGGAUCCUGAGAUUGCCCUGAGCCUUAUCGAGAAGGGGGCGGAUCCCAACACAAUGACGACCAACUCCUACCGCGCCAUCUAUAACGAGUACCAGCGCUCAUACAACAAGGGGGAGACUGCCCUCGACCUCGUGCAGAAGCAACUCAAGAAGCUCCGUGACUUCAAGAGCGAAAAGUUCACACAAGUGAAGCCUAGGCUGUCCGCCGGGAUGGAUGCGUUUCUUGCGAGAUAUGAAGAGGGAACCUACCAGCACUGGCAGAUAUCCGAGAACAUCUACUGGCGCAGGGUCAACCACAAGAGGGCGGAGGAGAGCUAUGAGAAGGCGAAGAAGGAGUACGAGGAGCUCAAGGGCGUCCGUGAGAAAAUGGAAGCCAUCAAAGAGGUUAUUACUUCGCUCGAGAAGUUGGAGAAGGUCAUUCUCGAAAAGGGUGGCAAGACCUUCCAGGAGAUUCAUCCCGACAUCAAGUUCCCGGAGAACAACGCCUCUCAAAACAGGCCAUCGGAGACUCAGAAGAAUUUUUACAAUUACGGCUAUGUGUUUGAAGCUGCUUGGUCCGGCGAUCUGGAAAAAAUCAAGUCACUCACUCUCCAGGCCUGGGGCAAGGACCAGGAGGAGCCUCCGCUGAAGAUGGCAGUGAACGACAGCAAGGAUAACAACGCCUUCUCGCUAGCCUACCUUCGAGGCCACCAUGACGUGGCCUACGCGAUCCUGGAGAUCGUCAUGGCCCAGUACGCCCCGGAAGACCGGGAGGCGAACCGAUACAAGCUGGACACGGGCGGCCCCGAUGACGAAGACGACGAGGAGUAUGAUAGCGACGCGGUGUCCAACGACGACCCCAAGAUCAUCAAGGAGAUCGUCGACAAGAAUUUCACCAUCGAGAACAUUGGCCAAGUGUCAAUGCAGGUGAAGUCCACCGUCAAGCCGCUCGACUUUUUGGGCCAAAAGACACACACUUUCAAGACCGUGGAGGGCAAGGCACGGAGCUGCAAGAACUCUAGCCAGACGCUCUUCCAGUUCGUCCUGCAGAACGACGACCACGCGGGGCUCAAGGUUCUCCUCGACAUGGCGAACCACUUUGCGGGCCAGAAGCUUGUCAGGGCCGGGACCCAGGAUGAGGAGGAGGGCGGUGGUGGCCGAUUCGAAUUUCCCGACGGCGACUUCCUCUGGGCCGUCAAGUACGGCAAGACGGCGGCUCUCGCAGAGAUUAUCAGGCGGACUGGCGCGGGUAUCCCGCUCGACGAUCUGGUUAAGAAGAGUGGCGUCGAGAUGAAGCGGAAACCCAAGUACUACCAGGGACUGUCGGUAUACGGCAAGAAGAGAAAGGACUGGGCCACGGCCGGGAGGAACAUGGUGGUCCGUUCCACCGGCGUUAAGACGCCGCCCCUGCUCCUCGCCGCCAUGGCCGGCAACAUCGAGAGCGUCGAGUGGUUCCUUGGCGACGCCCCUCACCGUCACUACGUGGACUUUGGCAAGUCUAAGGCAGCCCGCGAGGACCCGAGACUGAAGCAUCUCAGCCAAGCACCGGGCGGCUUCGACCGAGCCAUCUCCAAGUGGCUAGGCAUCCAAAACGAACUGGUGAUUCACUGCGCCGUCAUGGGCCCCCCCACGGAAGAAACAAACCAGGUUAUCAAAUACCUCGCCCAGGCCUGCCCUGCUUCCCUCGACUACAAGUCGACCCUUGGUGACACCCCCCUCUGGCUAGCCUUCCACUUUGGCCGUCUCGACUUUGCCAAGACGCUCAUCGCCGCCGGCGCGAACCAAACGGUCCGCAACAACGCCGGCGACAAUAUCAUUCACGCCGCCCUGCGAGGCAUGCCUCGCGCCUGCCGCCUCGGGCCCGUCCUCGACCUCGUCGACGCGGGCCUCGCCUCCCACCUCUGCCAGCAGCGCAACAACCUCCACGAGAACAACGGCACGACCCCCUUCCACCUCUGGAUCACGGCCGUAUGCAACUCCCGCCGGAGGGUGCACUCGCCGUACCACUAUAACUCGAUGGCGAGCAAAAACUACGUUGACAACGCCCAGAUCCUCGCCGUCCUCGCCCGCCUCCUCGACUUCUCCCGCGGCGGCGCUGAGCUCGAGAUGCUGAACGGCGCGGGCGACACCCCGCUCCACACCGUCGUCAUGGCCCACGAUGACGUCCUAGCGAGGGCUCUGCUCGAGUACAGGCCUAAGCUUCUCUACCGCGAAAACGCAGUCGGUCGCACGCCCGCCGAGAUCGCCCGCGAGAAUGUCACAGGGGAGAAAUUCAUCGCGCCGAGUCCAAUCACGCUGUUCCAGAGCAAUAACGAUCCCUCGACUAUCGUCAGUCGCCCCAUCGAGUCCUUUAUCAAGAAGGACGAUGACGACACCAGCGAUGACGAGGACAAGGACGGCAGCAACAGCUCCGCCUGCCUUACUGACAAACAAAAGACGUGGCAAGUCGUCCGCGCCGUCCAAGAGCAGAACCCGGACAAGCGGCGCCUCGUCUCCCUCAUCGAGGCCAAUGACGUCGCGAAGCGGCUGGGCGAAAAGUACAAUGCCAGCCGGUACUUCCAAGUCAGUAGAACGAUGCACCGGGUGCGGCAGACCGCGUACGCGAUCCCCGGGGAAGCGGCGGCGGUCACGGACGACAAGGAUGAUUUCGCGGCAAGGACGAGGGCCACCAGCGGCGGGCAGGUGUGGAGCUUCCCGCAGGACGAGACCAAGGACAAGUGUCCCGGCUGCGGUGAGAGGCACGAUUGA